AUGAGCAGCGUGAGGAUCUGGGUUACCCACUUGGAAGCGUUUGAGGGCUCUGGCCUAGUCCAUCACGCAAGGGCAGGGGCCUUGCCUUUGAAGAAACGGUGCUGCGACUGCUCUAAAGCCCAGCAAACGCUGCGGCGGGGGGAGCGCGUCCCCUCCCGGUCAUCCCCGUCACUCCCACCCCCGCGGCCCGGGGGGGAGGCUGUGGGCCCACUCCCUCAGUCACUCUCCGUCCCCUGUCCCCAAGGCCCCUCACUCCGUCACCGGGACAACACAGAGCGAGAGCCCGGUAACCGCCAUCCGCGCGGACCGGAAACCGCGGGGUCACCGCUCCGGGCUGCUUCCCGGACCCCGCGGUGUGGUUCCGGGGGGACGGUGAUCAGGGUGACACUCCCUCUCAGUGAGACAGAGAGAGACCGGAAGCCGCCCUCAGCGCGGACCGGAAACCGCGGGGUCACCGCUCCGGGCUGCUCCCCGGAGCCCGCGGUGUGGUUCCGGGGGGACGGUGAUCAGGGUGACACUCCCCCCUCGGGCUGUCUCUGGGAUGGAGUGUGUCGGCCCGGAGCCGGAGCCGGAGCCGCCCUCCCCCCCUCCCCCUCCCCCUCCCCCCGGGGGCCGGGGCCUGUCGGUGUCGGUGUCGGUGUCGGUGUCCCCGGGCCCGGGCCCGCGGGUGAGGAGCGGGGCCGCGCGGUGCUGCGGGAGGCGGUGGAGGCGGUUGUCAGGAGCUUCGCCAAACACACCCAGGGGCACGGGAGAGUGAACGUGGUCGAGGCCCUGCAGGAGUUCUGGCAGAUGAAGCACAGCCGCGGGGCGGAGCUGAGGAACGGCGCCCUGGUGGUGUACGAGAUGGUGCCCUCCAGCAGCCCCCCGUACGUCUGCUACGUCACCCUGCCGGGGGGCAGCUGCUUCGGCAGUUUCCAGCUGUGCCCAACCAAGGCGGAGGGCAGACGCAGCGCGGCCAAGAUUGCCCUGAUGAACUCGGUCUUCAACGAGCACCCCUCCCGCAGGAUCAACGACAGCUUCAUCGAGAAGAGUGUGUCAGAGGCACUGGCAUCCUUCAAGGGCAGCAAGGAGGAGGCUGACAUAUCCAACACAGGCAUCGGUGCCUUCCGCUUCAUGCUGGAGUCUAACAGAGGGAAAUCCAUGCUGGAAUUUCAGGUC